GUCAAGAAUGAUGAAUGCACGACUUAGUAAUAGAUAAUAAUCAUGGACGUUAGCAGCUGUCGAUGGUGUAUGUGAAUUAAAAUAGAAUUAUUUUUCUAUAGUUUAAUCUGACAGAUAUUAUUCGUGGUUUCUAAAGGCAUUUAAAUUAUAUGUUUAUUAUCUCUUAACGAAUUUUUAUCUAUCAUCUAUAUAUGAUCUUAUAUUAAAUUGUUUUUUUUUUAAGUUUUAUACCAAAAACGGUUAUAAACUUAAUUCAGGUUAUUACAAAAAUUCAAGAUUAGAGUCAUGAACAUAUUGUUAUUUCUAAAAAGUUGAAUUGUUAUUAUUUCGUAUGAUAACAAUUGGGUGAAAAUGUGUUCUUUAAAAUGGAGGUUAGAUUUAUUCUUGUUAUAUGCAGUGAUUUGGAGCAGUUGUGUGUUAGAUUCAUCUUGUUUAGAAGUGAUAUAUGCAGUAAAUGCUGGAGGUGAAGCACACUCUGAUAGUUAUGGAAUUCGUUAUGCAAGAGACCCUUUAAUGGGGAAAGUCGGUACUGCUUCAGACUAUGGCAAGCAAUUACUCAUUGGUCGUGUUAAUAGCAUAGAUCAAAUAUUGUAUCAAACAGAGCGUUAUCAUCAUAGUACUUUUGGAUAUGAUAUACCUAUAAGCGAAGAUGGAGAAUAUGUCAUGAUUUUAAAAUUUUGCGAAGUCUAUUUUAAUUCACCAAACAUGAAGGUGUUCGAUGUGGUAUUGAACGGAGAUCAUACAGUAGUCACCGAUUUGGACAUUUUUGAAAGAGUGGGCAGAGGUAUCGCACACGAUGAAUAUAUUCCAUUUAAAGUACAAGAUGGAAAAUUAAUAUACAAUGAUGAAGAAUCUGAUAUAUUAGCAGGAAAAAUAAGAGUUGAAUUUAUAAAAGGUUAUAGAGACAAUCCUAAGAUAAAUGCAAUUGCAGUUAUUAAAGGAAAAGCAGAAGAUGUUCCUCAAUUAGGUCCAAUUCCUCAAGAAGCUGAGGAAUAUCCCAAUAUACAGGAGGAUGAAGAAGAAUCAACAGUUCGAAGUAGGCAUACGAGUGGACCUAGAACUCCAGAUCCGUAUUCCAUUGAUGAUUCUUCUGUAAUGUUACCUGUCUUUGUAGCUAUAGGAGCUUUUAUACCUCUUUUAUUUUGUUUAUGCAGAUUGUAAUUUGUCGAUAAAAAAUGUGCACAGAAACACAAUGUACUUACUUAAGAUUGAUGAUAUUCUCAACUGCCUACGUUACUUUAAUAAUGUACAAAAGAAUGUGUAAAUGAAUGGAAGCUAGCGGCAAACGUUCCAUUCCACUUUGCGUUAUAACUUUAGAUUUAAGAUAUAAAUAUUUAUUACUAAUUUAUAUAGAUGAGCACACAUAC